GGUGAAAUAAACACGGCUGAAAUGCUGGUUGCGUAAAGUUACAUCCUGUACCUGGCUCCUUGUUUUGCUCAUCUCUGUUGCGCUCAGUCUCCAGUCGUUACGGUAAUGAGAGAGCGCUGUUUCUCGGCUGAUGCGUGACAUGCACCCCCUCCUGCAGCCUGCUGAACCAGACUGCCAGAGCUAGAGCCCACCGCCUCAGUGUUUCACUAGGAAGGAAACGUCAAUGAUCCAGCACCCAGGAUGUUGGACAACGAAGAGUUCAUGUUGGAGACCUCCCCGCGGGAGCUCACCCAGAACCCGCUCAGGAAGAUAUGGAUGCCGUGCAGAAACGGGCACAUAGCUCAGAGACGGGUAUGUAUGACAAACUGCCCGACCCUUAUUGUGACUGUAGGACUUCCAGCCCGAGGGAAGACUUACAUUUCAAAGAAGCUUACGCGCUACUUAAACUGGAUAGGUGUGCCAACCAAAGAGUUCAAUGUUGGCCAGUACCGGAGAGAGUGUCUGAAGAUCUACAAGUCCUUUGAGUUCUUCCGUCCAGACAAUGAAGAGGGCUUAAAAAUCAGACGUCAGUGUGCGAUGGCAGCACUUAAUGAUGUUCGGCAGUACCUGAGUGUCGAAGGAGGACAGGUUGCGGUCUUUGAUGCCACAAACACAACAAGAGAAAGAAGAGGGACCAUUGUGAAGUUCGCCGAGCAGAAUGGGUUCAGGGUAUUCUUUGUGGAGUCUGUGUGUGAGGACCCUGAUGUCAUUGCACAAAAUAUUGUGCAAGUUAAGUUGGACAGCCCAGACUACAUUCACUGCAACACAGAGGAGGCCAUUGAGGACUUCAUGGAGAGGAUAAAGUGUUACGAGUCCUCCUACCAGCCUCUGGACGAGGUACUGGACAGGGAUCUGUCCUACAUAAAGAUCAUGGACGUGGGCCGUCGUUACAUGGUGAACCGCGUCCUCGACCACAUCCAAAGCCGAAUCGUCUACUACUUGAUGAACAUCCACAUAACACCACGCUCCAUCUACCUGUGUCGCCAUGGCGAGAGCGACCUCAACAUCAAGGGGAGGAUCGGAGGAGACUCUGGCUUGUCUGCCAGAGGAAAAGAGUUUGCCAAAAGUCUGAGGAAAUUCAUCCAGGGCCAGAACAUCAAAGACCUCAAAGUGUGGACCAGCCAGAUGAAGAGAACGAUCCAGACAGCGGAGUGCCUGGGAGUGCCAUACGAACAGUGGAAGUCUCUCAACGAAAUAGAUGCUGGUGUGUGUGAGGAGAUGAUGUAUGAGGAGAUCCAGGAGCAUUACCCUCAGGAGUUUGCACUGAGAGACCAAGACAAGUACCGCUACCGCUACCCUAAAGGAGAGUCCUAUGAAGACCUGGUGCAGCGGCUGGAGCCUGUGAUGAUGGAGCUGGAGAGACAGGAGAAUGUUCUGGUCGUUUGUCACCAGGCCGUCAUGCGUUGUCUUCUUGCAUAUUUCCUGGACAAGACUGCAGAUGAGCUGCCUUAUCUUAAGUGCCCUUUACACGCUGUGUUGAAGUUGACCCCCAUGGCUUAUGGAUGUAAAGUGGAGUCUGUCCCAUUAGGCGUGGAUUCUGUGAACACACAUAGAGACAGACCAGAGAGGAAGCUGUGUUCAGUGUCCGUCCGCCGGCGAUCCCUGACGGCAACCAAGACGACUGUGACAUCACUUAGAAUUGACACUCCUACCUCCAUCCUAUUAGCAAUCAAUUCAAAUUUUUUACUUAUCAUGCUGGGUCUUUUCUUUUUCUCUCAGGUCUUCUCCUAUGUCGGCCCUGAGAGCACUGCAACUUAAAACACAGGCAACUGGCGAAAACAUCCAUUUGACAACACAUUUAGAUUUUUUUUUUUAAUAAAGCUGUGAAGUGAGGAAACGUGCUGCAAAUACAGAAAACAACCAAAUUCAGAAACACUGAACACAACAGAAAACAGUUUAGUUUAUUUCUAUUAAGCAAAUUAAUGUACAUUGCAUUUGUUUUUGGGGUAGCGAUGACACAGUGGAUAAAACACAUGGUGUGAGAGACCUGGAUUAAAUUCCCACUACGACACAUCUACCAAUGUGUCCCUGAGCCAGACACUUUAACCCUAGUUGCUCCAGGAGGCGUGCUGAUAUCACUUUGUCAUAUCACUUUGGAUAAAAGCGUCAGUUAAAUGAGUAAAUGGAAUGUUUAAACAUUCAGAUUGCAUCAUUAAAAAUUUUAUUGGUAGGCUAGUAAGGAGCAAAAGGUUAACGUAGGUCAACAGCAAAUAUUUGAAAUAAUAUCUGAAUCAUGCAAUCAGAACGUUUGAAGGAAAGGAAAAAAUGCAUGGUAUAAACUUCAUUUAAUUUAUUGAGCCAAAAACUACGUCACCUGGAAACUUCUGUUUUUGAUUGCGUCACUUUGCAGCAUUGUUUUAAAUUUUUUGUAAAUGUUGCACAUGUUGUCAUAUGUAAAAAUGUUUUCUCCAUUUGCUUGUUUUUUUUAAUGCAUGUUUAGUUAAGUUACAGCAUGAUGAGCUUUUAGGGCCAUGGUAUUUUUCUCUCUUCUUUUAACAUCUUCAUAAGUACAUAACUGGAAUCAAGUUUCAAGACAAAGCACUUAGCUGUGUGUGUCUAUAUUUGUGAGGAACAAUUUGAUUUUUAGACCUUGGGAGCAGAGGCGGGCAAUUUUUGUGGGAUUCCUGCUGGAUGGGAGUCAAUUUCAUUAUUCAUCACAGGACUGGGACGGGACAGGACAAGUCAACGGGAGCAGGCGGGACGGGAAUCAUAGCUCAGUUUUGUUAUAUAAAAAUGCAGUUCUAAUAUGAAUAAAAUCUAUUUUUGUUCGAUUAUUAUAUUUUAAUUGGGAAUGGCAUGGGUUGGAGUGAAAAUAAUGGACCUUCAAAGGGCUGUUUGAGGGUUCAGACUACAUUUCAGAGUUAUGGUUAGAAUUAGGUUUAAAUUCAGUUUAGGGAAACAGACUAGGAAAUGCACUGUCAAUAAGGUUCCUCACAAGUAUAGAAGUACAAACGUGAGUGUGUGUUGUGGAAUAAAUACAAAAAACAGUGAAUGAAUGAAAUUACAUUAAUAUUGUUUUUAAAUCUGUCUUUAAAUAUCAUGUAAUAUAACAUUGGGCAUUUUUUAACUAAUGAAUGUUAAACCUGAUUAUGGUUUGUAUUAACAUGAAGCCAUUUACAAGUUAUAUAAGCUAGCUGUUUUUUUUUUUUUCAUACUUCUAUGUAUACCAGUUCAUGUAGCCUUUUUGUUGCAUAUGAAUUGACGAAAAAUAUACGUUUCAUCCCAGUAAUAUCUUUGUUUUAAAAUAAACUUUGUCUCUGUCA